UUUUUUCAAAUUUUCAAUACUAAUUAAAACCACAUUAUUCUCUGCAUUCUACAAAACUAGUUCCAUACCUUCCCAAGUUCCAGUUCCAGAUUAUGUUUCAUUCUCUUCUUAAAUCUCAACAGUUAACACAAACACUCUCUCUCUCUCUCUCUCUCUCUCUCUCUCUCUCUCUAAAUCAUGCCUGUUGUCACAGAACACAUCAAAUGGAGAAGACCAAGAAACCAGUUCAGGCACUCCAUUUCAGAAACUGAUCCAACCCCACAAAUCCCUUCCAUAGUCCAAUCUACUACCUGCAAAUCCACAAUCUCUUCUUUCCUCUCUAGUUUCUCCAACAACAACAACACCACAUCCAAUGAAACCACACAUACCAGUGGCCAGAACAGGAACAGGAAGAAGAACAGCAACAACAACAGUAACAGUAACAACAACUUCUCUGCAGCAACCUUCAGAGGGCUUGGUUGCACCGCCGGUGCAUCGCAUGAGGUGUCGGUUCCGGGGGUGAUAAGAUCCUCCGCGGAUUGGCAAGGGAAGAAGAGCAGAAAAAAGAAGCACAGAAGGAACAGUAACAGCAACAAGACAUGUCAUGGGGUUGUUGAUGAUGGUCCUAGUCAUGGUUCUGCUACCUGUGUGGACUUUCAGGAUGUUUGGUGUGGCCCUGGAAUUGGGUUCUCAGCUGAUGUGGAUUGUGUUGUGACCAGGAAGAAUGUGUCUGCAAGAGGAAACCUUGAUGCGGAGAGAAUAACACACAGGGAGCGUCCAUCUUAUUUUGGAAGGCGCACUGUAAACCCUGAAAGCAUUUCGUUUAUGGAUGAUGAUCCUGACAUUUUUAACUCACGCCCUGGCUUAGAGUCUUUUGGCAGUGCUAGAUACUAUCGCCACCUUCCACAUCCUUCCUCUGAUGGUCUUGCUGAGAUAAUGAUAAUUCAAGGAAGACUAAUAAUGGGAGGACGAUUAAAUUCACAUGACCAAUUUAGAGACUGGAGACUUGAUGUUGAUAACAUGUCAUACGAGCAAUUGCUUGAGCUGGGUGAGAGAAUUGGUUAUGUGAACACUGGACUUAAUGAAGAUGAGAUGGGACUCAACAUAAGCAAAAUUAAGCUUUUAAUUUCAAAUGAUGCACCAAAGCAUCAAACAGAAAAAAAGUGCACUAUUUGUCAGGAGGAGUAUGAAUCAGAUGAUGAACUGGGGAGGUUAAGUUGUGAACACAGCUAUCACUUUCAGUGUAUAAAACAAUGGCUUGUGCAUAAAAACUUCUGCCCUGUCUGUAAGCAAGAAGUUGUGGUUCGACGCUGAGUGGCACAAAUCAUAUAAAGUUUUUUCUCCUUAAAUUGGUGUAUAGUUUUUCAUAUGCAAUAUAAGCAAUCUUCAUUGCAUCUUUUUAAACUUAUGGUUUUCUUUGUGAGGAGUGGCAUGAUAUAUAUGAUAUUCGGUAAUGGUGAUGCUUGCAUGUUAAUAUAUUAUACCCAAAGG